GCCGCCACAGCUGAUGUUGUCCAGGAAGCCGAGAGUGAGCUGCCUUGGGAGCUGACUGCGUGAGAUGUUUCUGGGAGAGACCCCAGGGAAAAGGGCCCUGACCACUGAGCUAGCGCUCUAUCUCCUGGUCAUCCCCUGUCUUUCCCCUUGCCGAUGCCUGAGCCCAUCCUGAUCAGGGGUGAGCCAGUGGGGAUUUGGAUCUGGGAGAUGGUUGGGUCAUCGCCCUGCUUUCUAGCUCCCCUGAUUGGUAAGUCUUCCUGGAAAUGAAUAGGGCAGAGGCUUUCCCUGAUGGAGUCUCACUGCUCUGGGGAUCCCCUUUAGGAGGUUUCUUGAGUAAUGAUUUCAGCAAAGGAGGAGAAAUCAAAGGCCAGCCCCCUGGCCCUUUGCAUCGAUCUGGACCCACUUAAGGCUGUGAGAGCUUAGUUCCUCUGCCUCCCUCCCUAGUUCAGAACCUUCCCCCAAUUAAGAUGCUGAAUUCACUUUCCUUCUUAAAGCCCUAACUGCUACCUGUGGUAACAUCUCCAGGACUUAUGAGCCCCUAGGACAACCUGGUAGCUUCAGGGAAGCAGACAGAGGAAGAAAGGGCGGCUGUGUCCAUUAAACAAUAAAAACAGAGAAGAUGCACCCUUCCCGUGGGACCCAGGCUGGGUCAAGCCUGAAUUACCUGUUGGGGAACCGGAAGCUGAUGGCCAUGGGAGCUAUGCUGGGAUGGCUGCUGAUGGUCCACCUACUGGUCAACGUGUGGCUGCUGUGUCUCCUCUCGGUAUUGCUGGUGACUCUGGGGGGCUGGGUGGGCUCACAGGCUAUGAUGGGGGUCACUGGCCGACUGCAUUUAGAGCGCUUCAUCACACUGUCAAGCUGCCCUGCCAGCCCUGAGGCUGAGAGCCAGUUGGACCAAGAAAUCGACCACACCAUUCAGAAGAUUAUCCGGGACUUUGUGUCUUCAUGGUACUGCACAGUAAGCAAUGAGCCCGCCUUUGAGGAGGAGGUGAGGGCGGCAAUGAUAGGGAUGGCCCAGGAGCUCAGGAGAAGGAUGAGAAUGGUGGACAGGCAAGCUCUAACCCAAAGGGUUCUGACACUCUGUGGCUGCCACCUGCAGAGCUACAUGAAGGCAAAGGAGGCCACAGGGAGGCUAGGUGUCCAAGCUGAGCCAUCUCAACUUUGGGAAGCAUACUGUCAAGCCACUGCCUCCCACCCUGCUGUUCAGAGCCCCAAUGCAGAAGUGAACUACGCCCGGGGCAUUGUGGAUCUGAUGCUCCAGGGGCUGACACCCAAGCCCCAUCUGCAGACCAGGACAGGGCGCUAUGUGGUGGUGGAGCUCAUCACAUGCAAUGUGCUUCUACCACUGAUUAGCAAGAUGUCAGAUCCAGAUUGGAUCCACCUGGUACUAGUUGGCAUCUUUUCUAAGGCUAAAGUGGGCACAACUGAAGAGGCUGAGUUAGCCUGCCCAGCAAAGCAACCCAUCCAGCCCGUGGUGCCCAGGUCUUUGCCACUUACUAUUCCAGUGGAAAAGCUGCCUGAGGUGAGAAGUCCUUCUCCAGCAGGAGCUUUGACACUCCCAAACUAUAGUGGACCAGAUGGGCCAGGAGUACAUUCCCCAGAGGUGGAAGAAGGCCGAGAGGCUCUAGAAGGGGACCUGAGUAUGGAGUCAGAGGGUAAAAAGUCAGGAAAUAGUGCAUCCCACUUUCUGCAGCCAGAUACCCGAGGCCCCCUGUUCUUGUGUGAGGACUCAGAACUGGACUCACCUCUUUCUGACCUGGGCAAAGAUGCAGAUUCUAUCAUGCUCAUGACUCCCAGUGACUUCCUCACUGACAGGCUUCAGGAUGCCCUAACAGCCCUGGAGGGUGGCACAGAGGCUCUGGAGCCAGAGGAAGUAGAAGGACCUGAAAGUACAGAAACUGAGGAAGGUCCAGAGGCAGACACAGGCUUGUUGGCCUCCAUGCUCAAGCCCUGCCCAGAAAUCCAGAUCAACUCAGCAGAGAAAGAAGAGGAACAAGAAGACAUCACCUCCCUAAAAACUUUGCUGGAAGGGCCAGAGAGAACCUGUCUUCCUCGGCCUUCAUGCCUAGAGAAGGAUCUAACCAAUGGUGUUAGUCCCCUGGACCCCAGCCUGCCCCAGGUGUUGCUCUCUUCCUCCCCAACAGGUCCCCUAAGCUCAGCCACCUUCAGCUUUGAACCCCUCAGCAGCCCUGAUGGCCCGGUUGUCAUUCAAAACCUACGGAUCACUGGAACCAUCACAGCUCGGGAACAUAGCGGAACUAGUUUCCACCCCUACACUCUCUACACAGUGAAGUAUGAAACAGCCCUUGACAGUGAAAACAGCAGCGGCCUUCAGCAGGUGGCCUACCAUACAGUGAACCGUCGCUACAGGGAGUUCCUGAAUCUGCAGACCAGACUGGAGGAGAAGCCAGACCUACGGAAGUUCAUCAAAAAUGUGAAGGGUCCCAAGAAGCUCUUCCCCGAUCUUCCAUUUGGAAACAUGGACAGUGACAGGGUAGAAGCCCGCAAGAGUCUUCUGGAGUCAUUCCUAAAGCAACUAUGUGCCAUCCCUGAGAUUGCCAACAGUGAAGAAGUACAAGAGUUCCUGGCUCUCAACACAGAUGCUCGAAUUGCCUUUGUCAAGAAACCUUUCAUGGUCUCAAGAAUAGACAAGAUGGUAGUGAGUGCCAUAGUAGAUACCUUAAAGACUGCAUUUCCUCGCUCAGAACCCCAGAGCCCUACAGAAGAUCUGAGUGAAGCAGAGACAGAGGGCAAGCCUCAGACAGAGGGCAAGAAGGCCAAGUCUAGGCUAAGGUUCCCAUCUAGCAAAAUUGCUCCUGUAUUAAAUGUGGCUGAAUCACAUGAGAAGGUCUUAUAUUGCCUCCGGGAAAGUAAUGUGGAGUCGGACAUCCUGUCAAUCUCUGGAAUGGAGUCAUUCAUUGAAAAGCAGAGCAGGUUAAUGGAACAGGCAGAAGAAGCCUUGGAAAAGGAUUCUGAGCAGAUGCCCAAAGAAUGUACAGAUGACUGCAGCAAGAGCCCCUCGGAUAAUGCUGCUUCACCUCCAGAUGAGAGCAACAGUGACCACGAGUCAGAGACGGUGUUGGCUGACACAGCCCUGGACCUCCUCCUCUUGCUGAUGAUGGAACAAUGGAGAUGGCUAUGUACCGAGAACAUGCAGAAAGCCCUUCAUCUUCUCUUUGGGACCCUGAUACAGAGGUGGCUCGAGGUACAGGUAGCUAAUCUGACGUGCCCUCAGCGCUGGGUCCAGUAUCUCCGGCUCCUGCAGGAGUCCAUCUGGCCGGGGGGCACUCUGCCAGUGCUGCCGAAGCCACUGAGAACGCAGAAACAGAAGGAGGCUACUGAGGAGCAAGCUCUGCAAAGUCUGAUGGGAGUCCUGCCAGACUUGGUAGUGGAAAUCCUUGGAGCAAGCAAGUGCCGCCUGAGCUGGAGUUUGGUCCUGGAGUCUCUACAGCAGCCCCUCAUCAACAGGCACUUAAUUUAUUGCCUCUGGGAUAUCAUCCUGGAGUUCCUGGAUCUCAGUGCCUCUGCUGAGGAGUCUGCCACGACCACCCCUGCUCCAGACACACCAAGUAAUCCCAGGAGGAUGGGGAUCUCCCCUUGACUGCUGAGCAUUCCUCACAAAUAUUCUGGAUAGGACUAGAGAAAGAAAAUGAAUUUCCAAGUGGUAACGUUUAAGAUAUCUCAGCAAUGCGGGAAGCAGGAUGAGAAGCCUAUGCUCCCUUGUGCCAUAGCUGCUGUCCCCAGCAACCAAUUCUAUUAUUGGCAAAUGAUCACCCAAGUUUGCAAAUUAGGGACGAAUGUGUCCUCUGCAUGCCCAUCCAUUUCCAUGGUUUCUUAAUCCCAGUUGGGUCACUAGUAGUGGGUGGGGCCUGAAAAAAUACUGGGAGCUGAAGAAGUGGUAGAGUUAGACAUCCUAUCCCAUCCCUUUCUUUGCCAAUCUCUACCAUGCGACGUCAACACUUGACUAUCACUUGGCCCUAUGCAACUCCUUUGCUGCAUGGGUUCUGGGCAAAGCAGAAGAAAACCACUGCCGGCCCUCUUAGGAAAGAGACUGCCUGUCCCUGGGACUUUCCCUCCUCCUGAAAGGAAAUGAAAUUCCAGGCAAUGCCAUCAAGUAGCAGGGAAAGUGAAUUCAGCUGUCCCACUUGGUUUCUUCUCUCACCUAAGGAGAGGAGAGAGGGAAAGUCUUUUGAUUCACUGCUAUUGGCAAAUUGACCAUGCCCUCAUGCAAAAGCCUGAUGACAGAAGACACUAGAUUGCCUCCUUGGACAGCAACAUUCUUCCCGUCCUCAACUUCUGGUGAAUCCCCUGAGGAAUCCUCCCUCUCCUCCCACAUCUUUCCUGGUAAGACCUACCCUUUAGGGAAUUUUUGUUCAUUUCUGCCUCCUCAAAAUUUGGGAGGACUCUCGAGUUCCAUUUUCCUGACAUGGGAAGAAAGGAAUCUACAGCUUCAACUUCCUUGGCCAGCACCUAGGAAGGAGAAAGAAAAGUCUUGCACAGAGUCAAGGAAAUGUAGGUCUUCCUUAUCCUGAGACAUUUAAGGAAUGGAACCAAGAGUCCAUGGGGCUGUAUCUUCACCCACUUCUAAAGGUUAUGUUUCAGGGCACAAGGCAUUAGGAAUCUAUUUUAUUACACCACAAAAACUUUUUUGCUUCUUGUUCACAGAUGUGUAAAUAGAUCUGACAUAUGAGGUAAGAUCUAUUUCCUUUGAUUAAAUAGAAGGCACUAUUACAAGCUGCAAUAUGUUAAAGAGAAUAAAUGAGUGAAAAAAUGUAGAAGAUAAAAGAGGCAAAGGGAAAAGUCACAAAGGAAGGAUUAUGGCUCUAGAAUUUAGAAGGAUAUUCAUCGGUCAUCUGUCCCAACCCCCUGAUUAUAUAGAUGAGGAAAUGGAAGUGAUCUAUCCAAGGUCACCCAGGUAGGAAGAGGCAGUGGUAGAAUAAAGAUUAAGCAAACAAUGGAGGGAAGAGUGAGAGAUAAAGCAAAAGCAGUGGGAAAACAUUGCUCUGCCCCUAUAACUGGGGCUGUGCCCACUGGCAUCCAACUUGGUUAAGUCUUGGGAGCUUAGACUGAGAAGGACAUGAAAGCACAUGAAAGCAUAUCAAAGUUAUUAGGUAGGAUGCAUUGCCCAGAGAGGUGGGAGGCUAUGGAAUCUCUUCUGGUGGAAGUUUCAAACCACUCCUUGGAUUUUUGAGCUGGCUGGCAUUGUUUGCAGAUGAAAUUAUGCCUGAAGUCUAGGAGGCUAGAUGAGAUAGCUUCAGUGCCCUUCACAUAGUGGACACUUAAUAAAGGCUUGUUGAGUGUCAUUGAAUUAAGGUCCUUUCCAGUUUAAGUGUACUGUGACCACUAGGCUUUCUCAGUCUCCCCAAGACCUCUCCUACCCAAAGCUAUCUCCUCAAGAGGCAGCUAUGACAGAUUCCUUGGUAAGUGUCUUUAGGGGUAUGGGAUGUGCCGGGGCACUCAUCCUCCUACAGCUCUUUCACCCUGAGGCCAGUAUUACUGCUUUGGAAAGUUGGAGAUGUCCCAUCUUCUGCUUUUCCCUUUGACACAUGCUCUUGGCCACCUGUCUUACCAUGCUUCUCUGGGCAGCCAGCCACAGGCUGGGUGCAUGUCAAAUCACUAGUUCCAGCUUACACGUGGCACAAAAUCAAUAAAUAACUGGACAGACCAUAAAUUGCCUGUGGUUGUAAAUUCCUAAGAAUCUUAAGUGGCUUCCAGCUCUGGGGAGGGCUUCCUUGGGUUCCAUCUUAUAUAAGAAAGGCCUUCCUCCUCCCCACCUGCCCCCAUAGACAAACUGUCCCUGGGCCCACUCUCUGCCCAGGAGGCAAAUGAAUGAUAAUGACAAAGGAAAAAGUCCAUGGGGCUUCUCAAACAAACCCAACAAACCCGCCAGGUUUCAGGGAGCAAGUUCAGGCAGCAUGGGAAGUCUUGUACCUGGGAGAGAUGCCACAAAUAUGCAGAGCAGACCAGUCCAACUCUUGCCUUGUAUUUUUUAUUGUUCACUGCUGGGAACUAUGUUGCAGAAGAGCAGGAAUUAGGGAAAUUACCCUGAUCCUAGACCACGGGGAUUUAGAACUAGUAGGGGUGUCAGUAGUCAUCUAGUCCAAUCCUCCAAUUUUACAGAGGAAGGAACUAAGACCCAAGGACAUCAAGUGACCCAAGGUCUCAUUUCCCACUCAUUAAUUCAUCAAAAAAAAAAAUUGAGCCCCUGAGGUGCUCAAUGAAGCCCUCUCGGGCCUAGAAAUAUGCAAAGCAUUGUGGGAAGUGCAAAGAUGAAGAAGCUGCCAAGGAUCACCACCAUCACCACUUAUCUCCUAUUCCUACUCCCACCCCUGGUUCUCCUUGCAAUGCAGUAAUGGAUCACAGCUAUUAAUGAGAGUGGGGUACGGUAGAAAGAGUGAUUGAAUUCAGAGCCACGGAGCCGAGUUCAAAUCCUAACUCAGCGACUUACUUGGACAAGUCAUUCACCUCCCUGGGCCUCAGUUGCCUCAUCUAUAAAAGGAAGAAGGCAAUGGACGAGAUAACUCAUAAGUUUCCUUCUAGUCCAGAUCUAUGACCCAACGACUUUUUCGUUGUUGUUCAAUCGUUUUCAGUCAUGGUCAACUCCUUCUGACCCCAUUUGGUGUAUUCUUAGCAAAGAUACUGGAGUGGUUUGCCAUCUCCUUCUCCAGCAUUCUUUACAGAUGAGGAAACUGAGGCAAACAGGGUUAAGUAACUUGCCUAGGGUCACACAGCUAGUAAGUGUCUGAAGCCAGAUUUGAACUCAGGAGCUCAGUGCUCUAUCUCCUUAUCUCAACUAGCCGCCCCAUCCAUUGGCUUGGUUUCAUUGUUUCUUCUUCACCAGAUUCCAUUUUUUCAUCUCCUCAGACCUCUUGGAGACCGAGUCUCCAUGGUCCUUGGCCCUUUUCCUAAGCUCUGCCUCACUAAGUCCUCCUCCAAUGAUCCGUUGCUUUGUCAGUGAGGUGCAAGAGAGGUGUUACCCUAGGGAAAUAAAGUUCAUCUAAUCUGUCAUCUGAUCAUUCUGAAAUUCAGCAGCCCCCUCAGAAACUGUGUUGUUUCCCCAGGGCUGCUGUGCAAAAGAGUGUGGUGUAUUUUCGUCAUGCAAGCAAAGGUAAGAAUGGUAGCUAACCCUGUUGGAUGCAGGAGGAAUCAGGAGCUAGUGGAAGAGAGGUAUUUGGAGAAGGAAUAGGGACUAAGUUUGUAGCUCAUGAUCUAUCUAUGUGAGCAUAGCCGUGUCUCAUUCCCUGAGCUUUCUUUACAUCUGAGGUGCCAGAGGACAUGGUAGUAACUGGCAACCAUUGCUUCGGAUUGGUAAAGAGCCCAGUGGGAAGAUUGCAGGGACGUUGAUGUUCAUACUAAUGACAGGGAUUCCAUCGGCAUUGGAGUUGAUCUGUUAUCCCAUAGCCCAUGCUCCCUCCUUAACGCCUGACUUCUGCAUUGGUCAGUUAGAAAGUGCCCACAUGCCCAGGAGAAUGGUUUGGAACGACUCUAUCCCAAUGACGGGGUCAAAGUAAAGUUCAAAAUGUAUUCAUUGCUCUUGCCUGGCAGAUCCUGACAUCUGAGGGGGCAGCCUCACUUUGAAAUACACUCCUUUUUCAGUCCUCAGUUCAUGAUGCCAACUCACCCAUCUCUUUCCUGGAUGGGAUGGUGACGAGCAUGAGGCAGGCUGCAGAAAAGGGAAGGAGGCACCAACAUGCCCUUAUCAGCACAUCCAGAUUGGAUCUCUUGCAUUUCUUCAUUCGAACAUCACUCACUUGAGAUUCUGUUUAAUAAAUCAUCUGAAUGCUUCA